GCGGGACUUCCGGUCACGCUUGGCAACCAAACCUUCCUGGAGACUAGCGGCUUUUGUGGACCUAAAGUGGGAAUCCGAUCCCUUCGGAAUCAGUUUAUAGAAUAGCCAGUUGUUGCUGUGCAGAAAUCAGUCAAAAGUUUCUGGUGGCUGUUGGAACUGGCACACAUCAGUGAUGGAUUCAUCACAGGGAGACUCUGAGCCAUGGUAUUCUCAGCGAGCAUAUGCAAGAUACUGGCAGCAUUAUAACCAAGCCAUGCAGUGGAUGCGGAGACAUCGGAAUGCCUACAGGAAGGCUAUGUUAUCAUUCUACAAUUCCCCAUGGUAUUUGCCUGCCCUCAUUCCGAGGAGUCGUUAUGCGGACUGGGGUGGAGAUGACCAGUCAGCCAAGGAAGAGUGUUUAUCUUCCCAUGGUUGGCCUAGCAGAUCUCAGUAUCCUAGAUGGUCACAGCAGCCCCCUGGUAAUACUCACAGUUAUCAGGUGACCACAAAAGAAGAUCAAGUUUCCUCCACAGAAGAAGAGUCAGAUUCAGAUGGGGAAAUAGAAUGUGACUUGAGUAACAUGGAGAUCACUGAGGAGCUCCGCCAGUAUUUUGCUGAAACAGAGAGACACAGAGAAGAGCUAAAAAGACAACAACAGCUGGAGGCAGAACACCAGGAUGUUUAUGUUGAAGCAGACCAUGACCUGCACCCAACCACAGGUCGCUCUGUGCAACCGCCCUCGGAGAGGCCAGGAGAAAGGCGAAUGGUAGAAAUGAAGAAAUUGUAUGGGGAAAGUGCUGCCAAGAUCCAGGCCAUGGAGACAGCCAUGCAGCUCACUUUUGACAAGAACUGUGAUAAAAAACAGCCUAAGUACUGGCCUGUUAUUCCUCUGAAGCUAUGAGCCACAUGAAACCCCUUGCUGGAAACAGACAUCCAGCAGAACCUCAAGGUACACAUUGUUCUAAGAACAGAGAAUGCAAGGGUUACUCAUCCUCUUCCCUGCCUUUCUGUUUUGGUGCAUCUCUCCCAACUUUAUAUCUUUUCUAACUUCCAAGAAAAGAAAUUUGUCUCUUGAAACUUUGAUCUAUUUUGGUCCACUCACCCAAAUGCAAGAAGAAAUUUAGCAUAUAUUGAGUACCUCUUUAUGGUAUAAAGUGAUAACUCUUUUCUUUAAUUUUUAAAAAUUCCAUCAUAUCCGUAUAUUUAAGAUGUUCCGAACUAAACUGUUGUACUUUUGUAGGUUGUAAACAUUUUUCUUGUGCAACAUAUAAAGAUUAUAUAUUUCAGAGUAAUAUGUUACUAUAUUAAACACAUUUUAUUAUAUUUGCAUACCUAAUUUUAUUUUUUUAUAUCUCAAAAGUUUUUGUUUCAGUUAGAUAACGUGAAUUGAUAAAAAAAAAAUUUCAAGAGUAAAGAAUACUUGUUGGAACACAUAGUUCCUCUUCUUGAAUCAUGAAAUAUUUGUUAUAAAAUCUACACUAAUGUAGAUUCUGAUCUGCCAUUGCAAAUUUCACAUUGGACAUUGAAGUCUUAUUCUUCAAAUGAAGGUAUAAUGUCAGUGAUGCUGCUUCAGGCUCUAGAGCUCUUACUUAUUCUGAUGUACUUGAGAUAAAGCCUUUACUUGCAUAAUUUUUACAUUGUAAAUUUGGGUAAAUUUUAUAUUGAACAUCCAAAAUGUUCACAAGAGCUAUGUAUUUGCAACCUAUAUGGACAGAUAGGAGAUGUUGAUCAUAGAUUUGGACUGUCUUGAUAAAAUAAAAAUCUUCUUUACAUAGAAAGCAAUCA